AUUUUGUCAACCAAUGGUGUCACGCCUUGCCUACGUCGCGCAAAGAAUGUUAAUAUUCAUAAUGGCAGAGAAGAGCACCUAUCGGGGCAGGGCUGUUUUAUAUUUUCUACUCUACGAGGUGCGAUUUCUCUUGACCAAAAAACGUUUUUUUUUGUUGGAUUAUUUGGAGAAUCGAUCAGAAUCGGAGGGGUUAACUAAUGUCGAGUCGUUUGCUGCAACAUAACCUUUAGCCUAAUCUCGGUGUCACUAUCUCUGAAUUGAUAGGCUACUUUUUUCACGGACAGGAGAUUGGUAGGGUAGUCCAAGCUUCAUUGUUGAAGUAGCCUAUCUUUAAAUUUAGUUGUUGCGUAAUUACCGGCAAACAUGUCUGGAGAGGAUCACAACCAAGUAUGAAACAUUCAAGGGGUCACCGGGUGCGUUUCCCGUGGUAUUGAAGAAAAUCAUGUUAAUGCCCCAACCGAAUUUACUCGAGAGCGACGAUGACAAUGACAAGGAUAAGCUUUUUACGGGGGACGAUGUGGACCUUGGAGGAGGGAGCGGGCUGGGUCCGUCGGCCGCCCUGACCCCCGCCAUCUGGGAUAAGACCAUCCCGUACAACGGGGAGACCUUCCACCUGGAGUACAUGGACCUGGAGGAGUUCCUCAUCGAGAACGGCAUCCCCACCUUGUCCCUGGACAAUGCUCUCAACAUGGAAAUUGCAGGGAAGAAGACAGAGAAGCCAACCAGCACCACGACAGCCCCCGCUGCCCCAAUCUCCCUGCUGCCGGUCCUGGAACUAGACCAGUGUGAGGAGGAGGUGGUCACCAUCACCCUCAACAGUGCUGAUAGCGCAGCCAACACCGAGGUGGUGACAGACAAGGACAGGCUGACCCCUGAAACCAUCGACCCGGAGGAGAUUGAGGUGAACGUGAACUUUGAUCCGGACCCUACGGACCUGGUCCUGUCCAGCGUUCCUGGAGGAGAGCUGUUCAACCCACGCAAACACAAGUUCUCAGAGGAGGAACUCAAACCACAGCCCAUGAUCAAGAAGGCCAAGAAGGUGUAUGUACCUGAGGAUUCUAAGGAUGAGAAGUACUGGCAGAGGAGGAAGAAGAACAACGUGGCGGCAAAGCGUUCCCGGGACGCGCGCCGACUCAAGGAGAACCAGAUCACGGUGCGGGCGGCGUUCCUGGAGCGUGAGAACACGGCGCUACGACAGGAAGUGGGCGAGCUACGGAAUGACUUUGCCCGCAGCAAGAAUGUUGUGGCCCGCUACGUGGCCAAAUUCGGAGAGCUUGCAUUGCUGGAAGACCAGUAGACUAUUAUUGAUUUAUUUGUGGUGUGGGUGAAGUAAUUGAAUCAAAUACAAUGGAUAGAUGGAUCAGAAGAUUGAGUGAAUUGUAUUAGUGACUGCUGCUUAUUGUUUUUAUUUGACUUUUAAUUUUUUUAAAUUUAGGGGGUAGAUCAGCUUUAAUAUUGCAAAUAGAU